AUGAAACCUCCAAGUUUUCAUGAGGUUAGAGUUCGGUUACUUAACAAAGAAGUGCAAAUCAUAAAUGAUCUUCUCGAGUCUCAUAAAGAAGAAUGGGAAAGUUAUGGAUGUACAUUGAUGUGUGAUGGAUGGACGGAUAGAAAAGGGAGAACCUUGAUUAAUUUCUUGGCUAAUAGUCCAAAGGGAAGUGUAUUUAUUAAAUCAGUUGAUGCAAGUGAUGAAUCAAAGACAACGGCAUUGUUGGCUAGUUUGAUUGAGAAAGAAUUGAUGGAAAUUGGUCAUGAAAAAGUAGUUCAAGUUGUUACAGAUAAUGCAUCAAAUAAUGUUGCAGCAGGGAGAAUAUUAGAAGCAAAAUUUUCUCAUCUAUACUGGACUCCAUGUGCAGCUCAUUGUAUAGAUUUGAUGUUGGAGGAUAUCUUUAAGAUCCGUGUUUUCAAAAAAACAUUCCGCAAAGCUGUUGAGCUUAUUGGUUUUACAUAUGGCUCUUCAGGAGUUCUAAAUAUGUUGCGGAAGCUUACUAAUGGAGUAGAAUUGCUAAGGCCAGGGCAAACUAGAUUUGCUACUGCUUUUAUUACACUGGGAAGGAUUCAUCUUCAGAAAGCCAACAUUAGAAAAAUGUUUACUUCGGAAAGUUGGACAACUAGUAAAUGGGCUAAAGAGGUGAAAGGCAAAAAGUGUGAAAGGACGGUUUUGAGUCCUGCCUUCUGGAAUCAUAUUGUUUAUGCUCUUAAGUUUUCCGGUCCUCUUGUUCGUGUGCUUCGACUUGUUGAUAAUGAAAAAAAAUCAGCUAUGGGAUAUAUUUAUGAAGCCAUGGAUAGGGCUAAAGAAGCCAUUGCCAACUCACUUAAUGGCAAUGAAGAGAAAUACAAGAGCAUUUUUGAGAUUAUUGAUGCGUGA